ACUUGUCACCUCUGAGGAAUGUUACGCUCCUUUUGAAAGCACCUGGCUGUGGAAAGAUAUGAAGCUCUGCAGAGGGCCAGUUUGUGUAAAGAGGACAACAAGGAACUGGGCAACCCUUUGUUUGAUGUUAGCGGUGACGUUCAUAUUGUAUCAUGACCCAUACAUCAUACUCUGGUGGCAUGAGCUACCAUUUCAGAGGAGUAAGACCGCUGAAGUGUCGCUGGAUAUGGCGGCUGAUUCCAUCGAUGACAUGUACCAUGGUUGCCAGUCUGAAGUGGCAGAUAUGAUUGAGCAGUUUGGCAUUUUUGAGUGGCAUAUCAACCCCAACCUCAGCAUAGCUUGGGCCUUAUCUGAAGAAAGGGCAGCAAAGCCCGUGGACAAAGACUUGAGAGAAGAGCACGCCACGGUUUUGUACCUGCACACAAACGUUAAAUUCAAACAAAUCCAGCAAGACUUCAGCCAAGCAGCGAAAUGGGGGAGAAGCAAGUACAGCACGGUUGGAUUCCAGUACCACUACCUGUACUUCCACCUGACCGAGGCCACUCAAAUCCUGAGGCAAAAUCAGAACUCCUGCAGGACCACCUAUCUCAGAACCAGGACGCGUUUGAGUCAGAAUGUUGUCAACCAAGAGAUGCGUUUCGGUAUUUUCACCUUGACAGCCUCAAGCAAGUACUCCUUUGUUUUCUCUGGGAACGUCUCUUGUUUUGAGAUCUAUACAUGUUUCGGCGCCGAGAUAACUCAUUAUUCUUCCAUAAAGCAAGAUGGACAGGUGUUGAUUCCUCCCUACGAGGUGUUCAGAAUCACUGACGUCCUGACAAAAAGCCAGUGGUGUAGCGUGGUCUACAAGCUACAGAGCACCAAAACACCUAGGAGCGAUUUAAACUGUGAAUUAGAUCCAAAUAAAUUAAAAACAUAUACCGGGCCACGCUGCCGUCGGCCAUCGUCGGGAUCAGCUUAAAUAAUACGGUCGAUUCUAAGCUCUUUAGUCUUCAUAAAAUAGAUAAAAUAAAUGCUACAAUGAUAUAAACAAAUGUGGUAAUGGAUUAAGCAGAAUUUUGUUAG